AUGUGCUUCUGCGGAGACAAAGUAGUUGAUUCCUGGCGGAUUGCUGAGUCGGACUGCGGCAUUCCUUGUGAGGGAGAACCUGAGUUCAUAUGUGGCGGAAACCUCGCUCUGAGUAUUUGGAGUAUUACUGGCCACGUUCCUAAGGCUCCGGGGCCUGAGAUGAACUUUACAUUGCCAACAUUAAGUCCAGGUCAGACGGAAAUGGCAGACUUCACCGGGGCAGUUCGGCAAAGUCUUGUUCCAAUGACAAGCGCAGUGUGGGAGUGGCCCGCAGACGAGGAUGAUUUGAACGAAGAUGAUAUCAGCACUGAGGAAGAAGUCCCCACGGUUGCCAUCGUUGCCGAUGUGGCCCUCAAGAACAUGCACAUGAAACCCACAGCCAUUGACGUGGAAGACAUGGCAUCCAGUGUCCGCACUAUCGUUUUUGCUGCCAUGGAUAAGAUCCAAAGGAUGGCUACUUCAGAAGUUGCAAAAGUAAAGUCCAUGAUUGAUGAAGCACACAUGGUCGUUGGCUAG